ACAGGGUCAUCUACACCCGCACCCUGGCCAACCAAACGACAAACUGGUAAAAUAUAAACUCUGGUUCUCUAUCACAUUGUCUUACAUCCAAGUCCUAUCUCCAUUGUUUUUGUUUCAACAAAUAAGGAGAAAGGAAUGGCAAGAAGAGCUGAAGCACUCUCUUCUUUCCCAGUUCUCUCUGUUGCGCUGAUGCUGCUGGCUUUCACUUUGGGAGGGACUGUGAAGUUGGUGCAGGGUCAGAAAACAUGGUGUGUUGCAAAACCUUCACUGGAUGAAGCAACUUUGCUGCUAAAUAUCAACUAUGCCUGCUCUCAGGUGGACUGCAGUGUAUUGAGAAAAGGCAGUCCUUGCUUCAACCCAGACAAUCUCAUUUCUCAUGCAUCUGUGUCCAUGAAUCUCUAUUACCAAUCAAAAGGGCCGAAAUUCCUGGAAUUGCAACUUCAAGAACACCGCACUCAUUGUCAUGACUGACCCAAGUUUUGGUAGCUGUGCUUAUGCGUGACAGGCAUCCAAGUAGAAUUAUUUGUUGCAUUUAUUUGCUUGUUGAGAACCAUAUCUAGACCUUAGUCAUGAAUGCCAUUCAUGUUGUUGAUGUAUCUUAACCUUUUAAUUUUUCAAUGAUUAAAAAAACAAAAGAUGGCCCAUUUUAUUUCCGUAA